CUUUCAAAAGGAGGUUAAAUCAACUAAGAGACCAUCGUUGCCAGGACUAACACAGUCCAUCAAGCUUCCUGUCCUUUCCAAACUGAAACUGAUUCUUAAAGACUGAAGACAGUAGCUUACUAUGAUUUGCCAAUUUAUUUUUCCUUAUUCAUCGAUAAUAUAAUUGAAUUCCUACCUGCAGGUAUUAGUGAUCCACUGCCACUAGAUACGGAAGCCCGUUAAGCGCAAGCUUUUUCUAUUUCAUCCAAAACCAUUUGAUCCAUUUGUAGCCUACCGCGGUAUUUUGAAAUGUAUCCGUUACUACACAUUUAAGAUGGCAUCUUACCUAACUUAUAAUGAUAUCAGCUGUAUCCAGACAACGUAUGGUUGUUUGUUACGUAUUUACUUGUAUUUUCGUGGUUAUACAGCUUUAUAUUCAGCUGUAUGUAUAUGUUUUCAAAAGUCCGUUCUUGUCUACCGUCGAAAUUUCAAGUCGUACAAACAAAAAUGGUAGCCUAAAUAAAAUAACAAAGUGUCUUCGCAGUAAUAAAUACGUUUGGAGUGCUUACAACCGCACAAAUUCAGAAAGCUGCAAACAAAUAUUUAUUGGUGUAGGUUGUUCUCCUGUUACAUACGAAAGCUUUUCUAGCAGCUUUUGCCAUGUUCAAGGUAACCUUAGCGAACAACCGUCUUUCCUUGGCUGCUUCCUCAUCCGUCACAGUGAACUUAACUUCGUUAAGUCGAGUGAAUACAAGAAUGAUAAUGAUUGUCUGAGCAUCUGUCGUUCUCUGGGCAUAGCGUAUUCAUGGUUAGGUCCUAGUCAUACGUGCUGGUGUAUGAUGCAGCUACCGAAUGAAUCAAGAAGCAUCCCUCUUUCUCAAUGUAGCAUCACUUGCACUCUUGAAGGACACGGUUUCGGUCCUAAUAAUCAUCCGCUUUGUCCUGACCCAGUCCCGGUCCGGGUUUAUGCGACAAAGGCAAGUCCUCCUUGGCAUCCUGUUCCUCUUUCUCUUAAGUCUGGUCUUAUCGACCUAGUAUCUUCGAAACCAGUAAGGAUAGUCUAUCUACUUGUCUGGAAUGGAAGGAGUUGGCCCCAUAUCCGUCGAAUGUUCGAGCUAAUAUACAACACUCGACAUUAUUAUUACAUUCAUGUGGAUGCGCGAUGUGGUUAUCUGUACACAAUGGUUAAAUCUUUUAUUGGAAAUUACCCGUCAAAUGUCUACCUAACAUCUACUCGGUUUUCGCCAAUAUGGGGUGGACAAAGUCUACUUGAUAUGUUCUUGUCAUCAUUAAAAGAUUUAUCCUUUAAUAUGAGUGAUUGGGAAUGGGACUUUGUGAUCAACUUGAGUGAAAGCGAUUUGCCUAUCAGACCUAAUCAUGAACUGGUUACCUAUUUGAGUCACAAUCGGGAUAAAAUUUUUCUACGCUCAUUCAGUCAUACUGGGCAAAGUUUCUUAAGAAAUCAAGGUUUUGGUCAGUUAUUCCUCGAAUGUGACUCAUAUGUAUGGCACCUAGGUGAACGAUCGGUCCCAUCUGGAAUUAUUUUAGACGGUGGUUCUGACUGGAUGAUACUGCCUAAAAUAUUUGUGGACUAUGUUAUUUACAGUGAUGCUAAUUUAUUACGCGAUAUCAAGGAAUACUUCCGCUAUAGUUUGCUACCAGUUGAGAGCUUUUUUCAUACUGUUGCGCAAAACACUCACUUUUGCACCUCAGUCAUCAAUCAUUAUCUACGGUUUAUCAAUUGGAAAAGACCACAAGGUUGUGGCUGUAAAUAUGGCAGUGUGGUUGAUUGGUGUGGUUGUUCUCCACUUGCAUUGAACGGACCAAAAGAUGCAGAACUUUUAUGUGAAUUAACCGGGAAGUGUUUAAAGCCAGAUUACGGAUUACAGCCAUUAUUUUUUGCUCGCAAAUUUGACUCAACUAUUGAUCUGGGGAUAAUAAAUUUUGUUGUAUAUAAAUUGUUAGAGCGUUCCGAUGGAGCAGUUAACCUGCGUAACGAUAACUAUUAUUUGGAAAAUAUCUACUCAAAAGAGGAGGAUUCAUUAAUAGAGAAUCCACAUCGACAAACACUGUAUUUAGCUUUGAAGUGUUUAUCAAAGAAACUAAUGUAUCAAUUUUUACGAAAUUCUAACUACAAUCCUGAUUUGUUGUAUGCAAAGUCAUCGCUUUUGAAUAGUUUUGCGUUGUUCAAUGCAACAGGUUGGGAAGAAUUCUAUCAUAUUCCGUCGAAUGAGCUAUUGAAUACAUGGGUUAAUAAAAGGAACAUUGUACCUCCAUUAGUAAUACAAAUUCGGCUGACAGAAUUUACAAAUUUGAGUACUAUUAACGAUAGAAACCACUUUAUCGUAGAAUUCCUGGUACAUCCACCAUCACUUAGUUUCACUACUGUAGAUACCAUUAGUAACUUAUUACCCGGUGAUAUUGGGUUUCUAGAAAUCAGUUCAAAUUUCGAUGUCAAAGAACAAAUAUUUCGUAAUUAUCCACGUUUUUUAACGUUACAAGAAACCUUAACUAUUUUAGUAUUAUGGAAAGGAAAUUCUGAUCAUAAAGUAUACAAAACUUCAGUUGUAUUCACUUUAAUCAAUCCUUUAGGUAUACCUUGUUUGAAACAACUCAAAUUACCACUUAUACAAAAUAAACAUACUCUUCGGUCAUUGGCUAUGCCAGAACUAUAUAUCACUACGAGUCUAUUUAAAAGCACAAUUUUAAUGAAUUGUGUACAAAAACAUGUUAAUAUUGUUCCUGGUGAAUGGACUAUUAUUGCCGUAACUUCAAGUGGACAGAUUAGUCGUGCCAAAUUCGUUCUAUUUGACCCACUGAAGCUUAGCCAGUCAUUAAGACUUCCUUAUAAAUUAUUGGCAGACGAGAAAUUGUUCGAUUCAAAGUCGUGGAAUUCUGUUCAAGUGACUGACUUUUGUAUAAUCCAACAGUCGACUAAAGGGAAAUCGAAUUCGUUGUAUACUAAUAAUAUUACCUUUCGCAUUUUUAACAGUUUGUUAAAUGAUUUUCGUCGAAAUUGUACUUCUGUUCAGUGGAGUUCCUUUUUUAAAUAUUCUCAUUUGUAAUUCCUUUUUAUUUGCAAUUUUUUUACCAGAUCUGCUUCCCUCUUUGUAAAUAUUCACAGUUUAGCUUUAAUUAUAUUCACAUUUUUUAAAGAA